AUGAUCAUGAUCAUGAUCAUGGUCAUGAUCAUCAUGAUCAUCAUGAUCAUCAUCUCCGCUAAUACCUCCGUGUAUCAGCUGUUUGAUCUCAACGCCAACAACUCACUGCCCAAGAGCAACUUUGUGGAUCUCGUCCGCUGCCUGCGCCACAUCAUCUCCAACGCAGAGGCCAAGGCCAUUCUGAAGGAGUUUGGCAUCAGCGACGCGUUUUCCGUGGCGCAGUUCAAGGACAUGAUGAACUACUUUUACGACAAUGCAGAGUGCGCGCAGAAGACCGAGGAGGUGUUCAGCGAGUUCAAGGUCUUUGAUCAGGGGGACUACUGCAUGACCCGCAAGGACUUUGCUCGGGCCAUGACCGACUUUGGCGAGGCUCUUGACGCUGCCCAGAUCGAGGCUCUCAUGAAAGAGUACGACCCGGAUGAGACCGGGCAGGUCAACUUCAAGACCCUCAUCGAGGGCCUUGGCGCCAUCCGCGACUCUUGA